GGUUAGACACACAAACACACACACACACACACACACACACACACAGACACACACAGACACAGCCAUGAUCCUGAUGGGUCGCACUUUGUGUCUUCCUUCUCCAGCUACUGUCCAGGAGCUGUUUUCUGUGGCUCGAGACGCCAGCAUCAUCCCUGAUAUCUCCUUGGAUCCCGUCCUCACCACCUUCCUCUCGCAUGACUCUUCAGCCGCUCUGCAGCACCAAUAUGCCUUCUUACAGCGGAGCAUGAGUGGGGAGCAGCAGGCUGCAUUCGGCCUCAACUUGACUGGAGAGCUGGGAGGCAGCAGCAGGGUCACCUGUGGAGGAGUCGGGGUUGUUGCUCUGGCUCUGUCUGUGCUUUUUGAGCAGGUUGCUCAUCAAGUCCGAGCACAGAGAUCCACAGAGGGGGACCCAUCAGCUCAGAGAUCCCGGGCUAAGAGGAUUUUUGGUAUCAGCAGUUCUUCACGAAUCGGCUGGAUCAUGCACAGCUAUCUCCGUCAGGUCCCCGGCGUUGCCAACAACCAGGAGAAGAUGGCCGAGACCACGGAGCUCCACGACAACUGGCUGAAGCUUGAGCUGAUUGACCAUUAUGAGAGGAUGACCACGAAGAAGAGGAUGAGUUCAGAGUCCAUGCAGCAGUGGUUGGCAGGAGCUGCGUUCCAUCUGCACAUGAGGAUUCACCAGGUUCGUCUGCAUUCUGUGCCUCUUGGAUCGGCUGAGUCGCUGCGUCUGUCUUAUAAGACGGCGUUCGGUCGCCUGGUUCAGGGCUACACAGCCUAUCUGCACAGAACCAUCCGGGAGACUCCAGGAGCCCGCAAACCCAGAAGCAGGACAGCCGGUGGACUGGGACAAACAAACACAUUAAGCAAAACCAACAUGACCUGUUUAACUAAUCACAUUUUUAAUGAUAGCUUGGUUAAUAUCUCUACCGAGACUGCCACACCCAAUUCAACCGCUGACAUCAACAGAAGUUGUAAAACAGACAUAGCCAGUGAAGACCUUGUGUCAAACAGAAGCGAUGUGGUGAACAGAAAGACACUCAACAAUAUGUCUGGAUAUAGCAGCGAUGAGGGUCUGUUGGUGAUUGAGCCGUGCAGGAAUGUGAGUCACAAAGUGCAGCAUCACCCCUGUGAGUCUCCGGCCAUACAACAGGCUUUGGUGAUGCGUAUUAUUAAUGCUCAGGACCUAGAGCGGAACAGAAACUUUUUCCAGUUCCCGGAGAAAGUUCUCCACAGCCUGCUUAGGCAGAGGGACAACUUUGAGCUGAAGACAAAUUAGACAGAAAUUCACAGUGGCAGUAACUAAAGUACAUUUACUCCUGUGCUUUACUUAAAGGUGCUGUAGGUAGGAUUGUGAAGAUCCAGGACUUAGCCAAAAAAUUUGAACAUUGACAACU